AUGACAGCGCAGCAGCAGCCACCGUCGCAGCCUCCCCCAGUAGUCCACGUGGCAUUCGCCCGGGCCGCCUAUCGCCCGGGCGAAACCGUCAUCGCGACGAUCGACAUCGACAAUUUCGCUCCGUCGCCGUCGCCGCUCUCCGCCGCCGCCGCCUCCGCCGGCAUCGCAUUGCCGUCCUGGGCGAUCCCGCAGCGUGCGCCGAGGCGCGACGGCAUGAGCAGCAGCAGCAGCAGCAGCAGCGCGAUGGGCGGCAGAGUGGGAUCCGCGCCGUCGCUGACGAAAAACGCGUCGUUUAGCGGCGCGGGUGGGGGGCGGGCGAGCGAGGGCGAGUUCGGCACUGUAGGGGGUGUGCUUAUAGAGAAUCUGGUGGUGGAUCUUAAAGGCGUGGAGCGGCUCGACCCGUCGUGGAUCGUCCUGCCGAAAUCCAGCAGCGGCGCGCAGAGCAAAGGCGAGAGGGCGAUUCUAGAGAUGCAGCAUGUCACGCCUCCGGGCAGUGUAUCCGUUUCCAACCAUGCCAUCUCCAAUCGCCUCCUCUUUCCCAAUGCCUUGCCCCAUGCCAUGCACUGCCCUUGCCCCACGCCUUGCCCUGCCUGCAUGCCUCCUACCGAAACACGCCCAGCAGGCGAGAGGGUGAUUCUGGAGUCACAGCUCACAUCACUUGUCACCAACGUGGCCAUCCAACCCGGCACCAGCAAGACCUGUACGCCCCCCCUUCCCUUCCCCCUUUGCCUCCGAGCGCAGCUGCCGCGGGUGCUGCCCCCUUCCUACCGGGGCACAGCCGUGCGUUUUCACUACCAGCUCACUCUAGGGGGGGAAGUGGGGGGAGGAGGGGCGGGGAAGGGCGAGGAGGUGCGAGUGCCGCUGCGCAUCUGGACGCUGCCCAACCUGAGUGGGCUCACAGUGGAGGAACUGGACUCAGACGAUCACUACGGCGUGGGAGGCAUAGUGCCGACAGCGCCAGUAGAGGUGGAUAUUCAGUGGAGGGAGAGGAAGUCCCGGGCGGCACUCAUGGCCCCCCCACCACCACCAGAACCACCAGCAGCAGAGGAGGAUGAGGAGGAUGCAACCGCUGCAGCUGGCGCUGCUGAGAGCACCGGGGCAGUGGGAGGGGCGGCAGGGCGGCGCACAGGCAGCCCUGUGGCGGCCACCGCUACCGUCACAGAGGUCGGCGAAGGGGAGGUGGUAUCUGGUGCAGGCGGGCCUGGCCUGGCGGAGGGCGCACUUGCAGCAGCCACCAGUUCUGACACUGCUGCUGGCGGUGCUGUUGGGUCUGACGGCCUGCAGAGCCCGCACCUGACCCGCCUGUGGUCCGCCCCUCUCCCCACAGAGGAGGGUAGUCUUGCCGGGGGGACCCAGCAGGCGGGGGCCAACGAGCCCAUCGGGCGGUCCAAGUCCAUGACUGCUGGCAAGCAGUUCUCAGAGAAUGGCGGAGGGGGAGGCAGCUCUGAGUCCCUUUCUUCUUCUGCUGCUGACGGCCGGGGGGGCGGGGGAGGGGGAGGGGGAGCGGGAGGGGCAGGGGGGGCGGGAGCCGCAGGGGGAGGGGCAUGGGCGCGGUCAUCGUCGCUGCUGGAUUUGGAGCCAGACAGCCCCACGCUGUCAGAGCUGGGGGGGCAGGCGGGGGGAGGGCUGUUGUUUGGAGCGUAUGGGGGGGCGGGGAACGGGUAUGAGGGGGAGAGAGGGGGCGAUGGGGGCAGGGGAGGGGCGCUGUCGCUGCUGAACCGGCAGGAGGAGGAUGAGGGGCCGUUCAUCCCGCAGUCUCCUGGGCCAGGGGUGCGAGGGCGAACAUACAACAUCCGCAUAGACGACCAUGUGCUCGUGCGCUUCACCCCCAGGAACCCGCAGCCCGUGUACUAUCUGGGGGAUGUGGUGUCUGGCACUCUCUCCUUUCCCAUUGAGGGCGGCCCACGCAGAUGUCUCGAGGUGUCAGUGCUAUUGGAGAUGCACGAGGUCAUCAACCCGCGCGCCCUCCACACGUCUAGGAGAGUGGCUGCUGCUGCCUCUGCUGCUAAGACCCCCCUACACCUGCCGGUGUUGCAGAUGGAGCAUCACGAGGUGACAGCGGAUCUGCUCCACACGCACUUCAUCUUCACCAUCCCCUCCGACGCCGCCGCCUCCUUCGCCACGCCCAUCAUCUCACUGCAGUGGAUUCUUCGGUUUGAGUUCUGUGCGUCCACCAGGCGACCAGCACCACCCGGCAGCACCCCUGGCAGCGCGGGCAAGGGCAGGCAGCAGCAGCAACCCCCACAGCAGCAGCUGCAUGAGAGACCGCAUGCGCUGGCCAUGGGGGCGGAGACGGAGAGGGGCGAGUGGUCCAUGCCCAUCACCGUGCACGCGCCCCUGCCUAAAGUAACUCGUAAGUGA